AUGGGGAACGGGGAACGGGGAACGUCCCCUCGGCUCCCGGGGGCUCCGCACGGGGCGUGGUCACGGGCCGGGGCCAUGGGCGGGGGGUCCGCAUCUUUCUCCUGUGCCUUCCCCCCCAACCCGGGCCCCAUUCCAGCGCUUGUGACGGACACGGUGCCGUGUCCUUGGAAGGGAGGGUUGGAAGGCGCUGACGGUGUCCCCGGGAACCACUGCCGGGGUCCCCGCCCGCCGCGGGGAGACCGGAGCUGUGCCGUCCCCUGCUGCCGGCCCGGCCGGGUCUCCGUGCGGGAGGGAGGGCCGGGCAGCUGUGGCAGGUCCAUGCGACACCAUGGGGACACCCCAGGGCUCUCCAGGGUUGGGAGCAGCCCCACAAGCCGCGGCGGGGUGACACGGGGGCGCUGGCAGGUGGCAGGUGCCCGGUCCCACGCGGGACUGGCGGCACGUGGCGGUGCCUGCGCCGCUGCAGGUGUGACCCCGCCGGGAACACGCUGUUCCCCGGCACUGGCACUGCUCGGCGCGGCCGGAGCGGCGGCUCAGCCCCGUCCUCACCCUCAGGCACAAGCGAGACCCCGAGGGAGCUGCUGCUCCCCCCUCCCGCACGCCUUGUUUGCGGUGGUGCUCGGUGCCGGCUCACCCAGGCGGGUGCCCCACCGAGUGGGUUCUGUGCCCCCCCGUGCCUUGCCCGUGCCCAGGUGCCGGCAGCGCAGAGCGGCGGCGUUAUCGGUGCCGGCGCAGGUGGCAGGAGCCGCGCUCCCCUGGUGCUGCCGCCUGCACCGGCUCCGGCGCUGCCGCUACAUCAUCCCCUGCCUGCGCUGGGGGUGCGGGACCUGUCGGGGAUGGGGCCGGUCCGGGUGCUGGGGCUGCUGCUGUGCCUGCAGCUGUGUGGGGGUGAGUGGCGGGGUGGUGGGAGCGGGGACCCGCCGGUGCCGGGCCCGGCUCAGGCCCCUCCGUGCCGCAGGCUCCGGGCAGCUGCGGCUGGUGGGGGGCGGCGGGCGCUGUGCCGGACGCGUGGAGGUGAAUCACGACGGUGAGUGGGGCUCUGUCUGUGUCUACGACGUCGACUGGGAAGCCCGCUGGGCCACCGUGGUGUGCCGGCAGCUGGGCUGUGGCCGCGUGGCCUCGUCGUCCCCGUACGCCCCGUUCGGGCAGGGCAGCGGCCGGAUCUGGCUCCAGCCCUUCUUCUGCGGUGGCACCGAGGAGGUGCUGGAGGAGUGUCCACACUUCGGAUGGGGCCAGCACCACUGCGGCCACGAGCGGGAUGUGGGGGUGACCUGCACAGAGGCCGUGGAGCUGAGGCUGGUGGAUGGCGGCGGUCCCUGCGCCGGGAGGGUGGAGGUGAAGCUGCGGGGACACUGGGGCUCGGUGGCAGAUAACAACUGGGACAUGGAGGACGCCGAGGUGGUGUGCCAGCAGCUGGGCUGUGGCUCGGCUGCCGGCGCCUACUCCGCCCGUGACCGCUUUGGCAUUGGGGCUGGGCCCAUCAACCUGGCCGUGGUGGACUGCAAGGGGGAGGAGGCCACACUCUGGGACUGCAAGAUCCGCGGCUGGGGACCCUACAACGGUACCCAUGAGUUCGACACCGCUGUCAUCUGCCAAGGGUUUUCCUGGCUGGUCGGAGGUGACAGAGCCUGUGCCGGGCGGUUGGAGGUGCGGCAGAGCCAGGCCUGGGUUGGUGUCUGUGCGGAGCACGUGGACAUGAAGGUGGCCCAGGUGGUGUGCCGGGAGCUGGGCUGCGGCGCGGCGCUGGCCAUCUCCGGCAGCGGCCGGUUUGGGGCGGGAACGGGGCCGCUGUGGGAGGGGGGGUUCAACUGCACCGGCAGCGAGCCCCUCCUCAGCGCCUGCGCCCGGUGGGUGCCCCACAGCCAGGGCUGCACUGGCCACGCCACCAUCAUCUGCUCCCCCUACACGGGCUUCCGGCUGGGGAACAGCAGCUCGGGCUGUGCCGGGCGGGUGGAGGUGGCGGUGAGGGGCACGUGGGGGUCCGUCUGCGCCACCGACUGGGACCUGCCCGAUGCCGACGUCCUGUGCCGCCACCUGGGCUGUGGCCACGCCGUCACCGUGCCCCCGGGAGGCUCCUUCGGCAGCGGGGACGGGCCGCUGAGGCCGGACGCCUUCGGCUGCAGCGGGAGCGAGCGGCACCCGGGCGAGUGCCCCGUGGCGGUGCUGGGGGAGCCCCCCUGCACCCCGGGGAACGCCGCCGCCGUCAACUGUUCAGGUCUGUGUGGCGCCUGUGGGAAGAGCCUCCAAGGGCUUUUGGGACACCCCAGGAACUGGGAGCGGAGCACUCAGGGCUGUUUUGGGAUGAGGGGAGGGCUGAACCAGGUGCCACAGCCCCACGGCACUGCUGGUGAUUUUUCAGGCACUGAAGGCACCGUCAAUUCCAUGCGGCUGGUGGAGGGUGAGAGCCGGUGUGACGGGCGGCUGGAGGAGGCCAUAACCACCCCAGCCUGGCGCCGUGUGCCUGUGGAGCAGUGGAAGAGAUGGGAUGUCGACAUGGUGUGUGCUGUGCUGGGUUGUGGCCUGCCAAAGGAGAUCUACACAGCCUUGGGUAUGGCACCCACUGCACUGACCAGCAGCGCCAGGGAGGUGGAUGUCGUGACGGAGGAGACGGAUGUCGUGACGAGGGAGAUGUACGACAUCUCGGGGAUGGGCCCUGAGCUGAUCAGGAGCCUCGAGGAGACGGAGGACGUGGCAGAGGAGAUCUCCGAUGUGUUAGGGAUGGGCCCUGCACCAACCAGCAGCCCUGAGGAGAUGGUCAUCGUCUGCUCAGGUGGGUGUCCCGAGAAGGGCCGGGGUGCUGGUGCCCCGAGCAGCCCCCAGCCCGGUCCUUCCGUGCCCGCAGGCAGCCGGCGGGUGAGGCUGGCAGGCGGUGCCGGGCGCUGCGCCGGGCGCGUGGAGGUCUAUGCCGGUGGCACCUGGAGCAGCGUGUGCCAGGAGCGCUGGGACCUGCGGGCCGCCGCCGUUGUGUGCCGGGAGCUGGGCUGUGGCGCGGCACUGGAGGCCCCCGGCUCGGCGCGCUUCGGCCCCGGCGCGGGGACAGCGUGGCCGUACGUGGUUGAGUGCGCCGGGAGCGAGGAGUCUCUCUGGGAAUGCCCACGCUCGGAACAGCGCGAGUGCGAGCGCGGGGCCGGGGCCGGGGCCGUCUGCUCAGAGCAGCUCUCCCUGCGGCUGGCGGGCGGGCGCGGGCGCUGCAGCGGGUACCUGGAGCUGCUCCACAACGGCACCUGGGGCCGCGUGUGCGCCACCGGCACCAGCCCCGGCACCGCCGCCGCCGUCUGCCGGCAGCUGGGCUGUGGGGACGGGGGGCAGCUGGCACCCGUACCCGCCCAGCAGCCGGCCCCCGCCUGGCUGGCCUGGGUGGGCUGCGAGGAGGGGGCCCGCUCGCUCUGGGGGUGCCCCUCGGCACCCUGGCACCUGCAGGCCUGCGGCCCCGGAGGGGACACCUACGUGGCUUGUGCGGAGGACAGUGACAACCCCAGCGAGACAGCCAGCACCCCGUGCCCGGACGGGGCCACCUGCACAGCUGUCCCCAGCAGCAGCGGCCCUGCGGUGGCCAGGGGGACUGUGCCGGUGGCAGUGGUGCUGUGCGUGGUCCUGGGGACGCUGCUGUGCCUGGCCCUGGGCGCCCUGGCCGUGCUGAUAUGCCGUGCCCGCGCUUGGCGCCGAGGUGCCGGCAGAGCCGUGGGUGCCAUCCCCGACGCCAUCUACGAGGAGCUGGACUACAGAGCGAUGCCGGAGUACCAGGAGGUGCCCAGUCGCCCAGGUUCCCCGCGGGAGGGCUCAGUGAAGAAGCUGCUGUGUUACACCGGGGACAGCGUGGAGGGGAGUGACACCGGGGCAGCCCCAGUCCCAGCCUCCCCUGCCCUGCCUGGGCAUGGAACCCCGGACGGCUACGAUGAUGCCACAGCUGGAACCUCGGAUGGCUACGACGAUGCCAUGGCUGGAACCCUGGAUGGCUACGACGAUGCCAUGGCUGGAACCCUGGAUGGCUACGACGAUGCCACGGCCGUGCCAGAGGAGUCCCCCGCUCCCAGCACUGGGGACAUCUCCGAGGGGGUGGCACAGAGGGGCUGGAUCUGUGUCCCACCCACAGGUAAGAGGUACCACAGCUGCCCUAUCUGCCCUGGAGAGCCACUGCACAGGGGUUUGGCUACGGUGGCGAGCUGGGAUCCAUCAGCAGAUCCACAGAGGCUGCAGAAACACAGAAACACCCCAGGUGGGGUCUGGAGGGGGGACACGGAACUGUCCCCCUCAGGCACCUGCCUUUGCUGUCCCCAAGGUGGGAGCUGCCCCCCUCCAAGUCCCCCCGGAGCCACAAGGGACCCCCCGGGACAGCCCUCGGGGCACAGGGACUGUGAUGAUGUCGGCACCGGCGCCCCGGGGAUGUUGCAGUGAGGAUGUCCCGGCCACGUCCCAUCCCUGGGGACACGUGUGCAGGGUAGGGGGCUCUGUGUCAUCAUCUCUGAUAAUGUCAUUUGGGGCACUCCGGUGUCACUGGGGGGGUGAUGUUGUGGUGGAGAAUAUGAGUGGGGAAUCAAGGGGGUCAUGUGGGUUCCCCCAGAAGGGAGUGGACAGCCCAAAAAUGCCUAAAAAUUCAUAAGGAGGGGUUGUGUGUCUGUAAAAUACUAACACCUUCUAAAUUUGUUAUUUUUAAAUCUAUUGAUGAAUAAUAUCAAUUCAUAUGAAAACUGAUUUCAAAAUAAAACCCCCUACCUGUUAUAAUAU